AUGACUCAAGCUGGGUACGUCGGUGAGGACGUGGAAAGCGUGAUUCAGAAACUGGUACAGGCGGCGGGCGGAAAUGCAGAAAAAGCUCAACAGGGUAUCGUUUUUCUCGAUGAAGUAGACAAGAUAGCAGCUGCGCACGAGGGACAUUCUCCAGCAUAUCGUGAUGUCAGUGGUGAAGGUGUUCAACAUGCUCUUCUGAAAUUGGUCGAGGGUACAGUAGUAAACGUGAAAAGUGGACGGAAAAGUGUUGGUGCGCAACAGGACACUGUUCAGGUUGACACUUCCGACAUACUUUUCGUUGCAUCUGGUGCUUUCAAUAACUUGGACAGAAUUGUAGCUCGUCGUCUCGACAAAAAGAGCUUGGGAUUCGGAUCAUCUUCGGGUGAACUUCGCGUGUCUACUGAUGAUGCUAACUCGGAACAAGCUCGUAAACGCGACUACUUGCUAUCCAAAGCGGAUCAAGGCGAUCUAAUCAAUUUUGGAAUAGUUCCUGAAUUAGUUGGACGGUUUCCAGUGCUCGUACCGUUCCAUUCCUUUGAUCAGGACGUAGGUUUACCAUCGAUUUACUAUUUAAGCUUCUUUCGUUAUUAA